AUGGGGAGCAAGGGAACCGUAGCUGUGGCAUUAUUGGAAGUGUGUGCUGGAAUGUGGAAGUUGUUCUUUAUCCCUUGGCUUGUCGCCGCUCCAUCUGGAAAUCCAUGUCAUCCACAUUUCAACGAGAUGUCGGUUCUACAUUUUACUACAACCCAUGAGGAACAGUUCAUCGAAUUGAGUGUUAGAGAAGAAUGCUAUAACGCUGAGGAGAUGAAGAAUUUGAAACUAAAUAGCUAUGGAAUCUUAGUGGUUAACACAAAAUCAUCCUUGAUGGGAGACGAGCGUAACUAUGCCGACCCCGAGCGCAGUUUCUCUGCUGCUAACAGGCUCUCUAGAGAGGAAAGGAGUAACAUAAAGACGGAAUCUCUAGACAACAUCAUGACGGUGCAGCGUAAUGGGCCUAGCAUUCUAACAGUCAAACUUCAACAGUUAGCACUCCAAUGGAUGCAUCCUGCACCGGGACUUGGGCUGGAUCCGGGUAUGCCAUCGAAUCUAGCUAGAGAAGGCAGCCUCAUGAAAGCAGUAAGAGAAAACAUUGCAAAAGAUGCAUAUGAGUUGGCCAAGCUCCAUGUAAGGCGCCACAUGGUGGUUCACGGUCUAAAUGCACGAAAAGACACGGAGGAAAUUAAAAACCGGCUUUUGCAAGAAGAACUUGCUAAGAUGAACAUUUUUUCAAUCGGAUCUUCUGAGAAAACAGACUGA